AUGCUAGUAGCAUUACCUGGGAUGCUAGAAGAAUUACCUGGGAUGCUAGUAGCAUUACCUGGGAUGCUAGUAGCAUUACCUGGGAUGCUAGUAGCAUUACCUGGGAUGCUAGUAGCAUUACCUGGGAUGCUAGGAGCAUUACCUGGGAUGCUAGAAGAACUACCUGGGAUGCUAGAAGGAUUACCUGGGAUGCUAGUAGCAUUACCUGG